AUGGCAGAACCACGGGCUCCAGCGUGGUCACCGCCGAAUGAGCCGGCCAGAAAGCGCUUGAGGACCUCACAUGCGUGCGAUAUCUGCCGGAGCCGCAAGAUCAGGUGUGACGGCAACCGCCCCUGCGCAACGUGCGCUGCAUCCGAUCAGGACUGCGCGUACGGGUCCGAGGCGAGCUCGUGGGCAAGGCGUGGAAAGACAGAUCUCGUCUUAGACGGCGUAUUACGCAUCGAACAAACCCUGCGAGAGCUCAACUCGACGAUCACUGCCUAUUCAGCGUUUGCAGGGCGACAGGCUUCAUCCAGCUCGUCUGUGGCUCAUCCCACCACAAGCUCCUACGUCGACUCACCACCAAUCACUGAGACGGGGUCGUCACGCGUCUCCCACCCUCAGACCCAAACACCCAUCAGCGAAACACGCCCUGACAAAGGGGCUAACGGCGCCUUUGAGAAUGCCGUCCUCGAUUCUAUGCACACGUCAACGACCGAGUCGGUGCUCCAGUGGCAUCACUUCGAUGGCUUCCCCUCACUGCGAAACGACUACACGUCGAUCUUUCAGCUGGAACAGUCACGCCCUGCCUUGUCGAUGAAAGUCGCAACUGUAUAUCCUUACGUUACUGUCGAAGAUGUAGAUUCCAUUCUGGAUUCGUUUCAGCAGAGCGUCAACUUUUGGUACCCGACCAUGUCUCAGAGUCAGCUAGACAGGGUCAGAGCGGUGCUCAACUCUGGUGUCACAUCCGAGGACAGCAUUGAAGCGUCAAUUUCCCUCCUGACCAUGGCAUUGGGCUGUGCCAGCCAGGCCACUUCUGGGCUCGAGGCACAUGCGGAGCUAACGGACCAAGAGCAGCGGUGGCGGACGUCGAGACGGCAGAUGGGCGACGUGUACUUUGAUGCGGCGCUCAAGAAGGCCUAUAAUGCGCAUCUCAGCGUGAGCUCGGUCUCUGCGCAAUGCCUCUUUUUCGUUGCUCUAUACUUUGCCUUCCUCACACGGCCACUCCAGGCUUGGGAGUACAUUGGCGCCACUGCGGCGAAGUGCAUGAUGCUCCUCUCGUAUCCUCCGGACGCCGACACACACGAGGACCGCGAGCGAACGAGGCGGAUCUUUUGGUCCUGCUACAUACUAGAGAGCGAUUACAUUGCGGAGCUCUCUGCCAGUCCCGUCUCGGGCAUUUCUCGCAUCGAGUCGUCUGUUCCUCUUCCCGGCUCGUACAACACCCACCCGCUGCAACACGAAGAGGAGCAGUCUUCCCUGUACUUCCUUGCGUGUAUCAGCAUGCGCCGGCUUCUAAAUCGCGUACAUCAUCUUCUCUACGCGAGUGGUAACGGAGCGGCUCUCGACACUGCUCGAUUUCCGUUCAUCGUUGCUGAGCUGCAACACCAAUUGGACGAAUGGCGCAACCUUCUGCCCACGUCUUUCGCGUUCACGAUUGACACGGCGCCAACCACCAACGCUGCCAGCGGAUUCCUCAGGCAGAGAUAUCUCACAUGUCGCAGCGUCAUAUACAGGCCGUACCUGAUGUGGCUGUUAAGCGGCAGUCGUGGUGGCAACGAUGACUUGAGUGCAAGUGCUCCGAGCAAAGAGGCGAGAAAGAGCUGCAAGGCCUGCCUCGACGCUUGCUUAAUGCAUGUACUCAACCUCAGAGGGUUCCCGCAGACGGUUCUUGUUGACACAUGGAUAUGCUCCCUUUCGUAA